AUGAAUAGUUGGCACGAGUUACUUGCGCGGGAUACUUCUAUCACGAAAUUCUGAUGAAUUACUUUUUUAUCGAUCUUUGAUCUGUGAUUUAUAUUGUGUGUAAUAUGGUUGUGUAUAGAAAACAUAUUUUGGUGAUGUGUGUUGGUGCUGCGUUAGUUGUGUUUGGUGUUAUUUCAAAAUGCAGUUGGUCUGAUAUAUUUUUCUCACAAAUUAAAAAGAUGAUGGUUCUCGCGGAAGGUUCCACAUCCUUCUACAUCUGGAGGGACAUUCCGAUCCCUAUGUACCUGGAGUGUUUUCUGUUCAACAUCACCAAUACAGAAGACAUUCUCGCUGGAAAGAACGUCAGCUUGCAGGUGCAACAAUUGGGGCCCUAUGUUUUUAAGGAGAUACGAAAGAAGGUGAAUAUAACGUGGAAUGAAAAUAAUACGGUGACAUUCAGAAACCAACGGUACUGGUAUUACCAUCCUGAAAUGUCAAAUGGAAGCCUCUCUGACUUGGUGACCAGCAUCAAUCCUAUUAUUGUGACAAUAGCCUACGCGCUACGCAACGAGAGUGUCAUGUUACGUGUAUUCGUCGACAUGAUUAUGCGCAUUUCACACAGGGAUAUAUUUUUGAAAGCUAAUGUCUCGUCGUGGCUGUUUGACGGAAUCGAAGAUCCAUUGCUCAAUUUAGCUAAUAGAAUACCCAAUAUACCGUACGAUAUACCAUUCGAUAAAUUCGGCUGGUUGUAUACUCGAAACGGUUCAAUAGAUUAUGACGGUGAGUUCGUGGCGAAUACUGGUGAAAAGGACUUUUUCCAACUUGGCAUGGUCGAGAGAUGGCAGCACACGAAUAGAACAAUCUACCGGGAUAAGUGUGGGGAGUUGAAGGGAUCCUCGGGAGAGCUAUGGGCACCUCAAAGAGGCCUGGAUGAACUAAGUAUAUUUGCACCAGAUCUGUGCACCCAUAUGACACUUGUAGCUGAUCGGCCAGUUAGAUUUAUGGGUCUUGAUGGCAUGCAGUAUAUUGCAAACGAUUCACUCUUCGAUAAUGGACAUAAAUAUCCAGAUAUGGCAUGCUACUGUGAUGAGCCUCGUGACAGCAACUGCCUCCCAGCUGGUGCUCUCAAUGUAUCUGCUUGUAAAUUUGGGGCUCCAGCAUUCGUGACCCGACCACACUUUCUCGACAUGGAUCCUCAUUACCCCAGCAAGAUAAAAGGACUUGCUCCUAACAAGAAUCAUAACUUCAAAAUGUCUAUAGAGAUGAAUACAGGUAUGCCGCUCGCUAUAUCUGCACAGCUGCAGGCAAAUGCCUUAGUUAGACAUAUCCCCGGCAUGAGUUUAAACAACCAGCUUCCGGACCCCGACGUCUUAGUGCCAAUGUUUUGGUUCCGUGAGGAAAUUGUGGUCAAUGAGAAAUACGCUAACUUCGCUCGGACUGCAUUAAACAUCAAAUACGUAACGCCUUAUGGGUUUUAUACACUCAUUUUAAUCGGUUGUGCAGUGUUGGCAGUGACAAUUUGGCAAUACAGGAAACACCAAAAUGUAAUAAAGAAGCAACAUAUAUCACAUGAAGAUUCAAUAUUGACACAAUCUUUUCUAAAGAAAGGAGAAUCUAGUUAGCAUUUAUUAGAGACAUUUUGUGCGAACAAUGGUGGAGUGCUUUUUAUGAAUUUAAUGGUGAAACAAAGGAUCUUGGCUAGUAUCGUGUACACGUGUGGCAUAAUUAAACCAAGCGAUAUUUAAAUAUACUAGGAGAUAUAUAUUUUUUGCGUUUGUUUUAAACGUUUAUUCAUAUUUGUCAGUUGUGGGGGGUGAUAAUGUAAAACAAACGACAUUAGACGGGACGAGAGUUCGUUUCGUUAAUAAUAUGUUCGUAUAAGUCCUUGUACCUGCGUUUUUCGACUCACACUAAGACAUUGUUAUGUGGCUAUAUUGUUUUAGAAUCCUUAGCUAAUAGAAUAGUAACAAUAAAUAUAAGAAAAAGUGUACGUUUUUACACGCUUUAUAUUAGC